CUAGCUGCGCGCAUGCCAUCCCCCUAGGUCGGUCCUCCUCCUCGUCGACGACCGCGAGCAUGGCAGAUCGGCAGCAGCAGCACGGCGAGGCCCGGGCGGCGGCCGGGCCGCGCCAGGGGCACGCGCCGCCGGCAGACUCGUCGACGACGCUGCUGCGGCGGGUGCAGACGCACGCGCCCAACUCCACCCAGGUCGUCGGCUUCCUCACGCUCGCCAUCUCCGGCGCCGUCCUCCUUCUCCUGACGGGCCUCACGCUCACCGGCGCGGUCGUCGCGCUCAUCUUCCUGGGGCCAAUCGCGCUGCUCACCAGCCCCAUCUGGGUGCCCGUCGCCAUCGCGCUCUUCGUGCUCGCCGCGGCCGUGCUCUCCACAUGCGCCUUCGCCGUCGCCGCCGUCGCCGGCGGCACGUGGAUGUACCGCUACUUCACGGGGAGGCACCCCGUCGGCGCCGACCGGGUGGACUACGCGCGCAGCCGGAUCGCCGACACGGCCAGCCACGUCAAGGACUACGCGCGCGAGUACGGCGGAUACCUGCAUAGCCGGGCCAAGGACGCCGCGCCCGGCGCGUAGUAGCCGCCCGCACCACUCCACCGCAUGUGGCUGUGGCAUGCAGCUCUAAUUAGGCCGUUCUCUUGUGUGUUUACUUCGUCUUCACUCUUCGGUGUGUUUGUGUCGUGUGUCACUUUUCCCCCACUAUUUUCUGUAGGGUACUUUUAUUUGGUAUUUUUCUCUAGAUCGUCACUUCACUUGUAUUUAGUUCGGAUCAUAAGACAUCGCAAGCACCAGGCUGCAUUGAUCUUC